GUAUACAGAUUUGUAUAUGAUGGCAACGCCACGAAGCUAAAAUCGUCUGCACAAUUCAUGUUGGUUGUGGGUUCGUCAAGCUGACACGUGUUUUUUAAGUCAAAUUAUUGUUGUCAGUUCAGCACUUGUGCUUUUUAUUCCAUCAUGAUGAAGGAAGAAUCUAAGAGCAAUCAAAACAAUGAUGAAAACAAAAAUGAAAACACGGAAGAAAACAUAGAAGAAACCAAGGAUGAACCAUUUGAAAUCACACCUGAUAUGAUUAUUUGGAAAGCAAUGUAUCUUCCAGAUCCAAUAGUCAGAGCUGUCUGGGAGCUUGGAUUCCAAACCCCAACAGCAAUCCAGCUUGCCUGCUUACCAACAGCAAUGAAGGGAAGAAAAGACAUUGUUGGAGCUGCAGAAACAGGGUCAGGAAAAACCCUUGCUUUUGGGAUUCCCAUACUGAAUGGCAUCCUUAAAGAUAAAGAAUUUGAACUGAAAAAGCUGAAACAGAAUGAAGAAGAAUCUGAAGAUUCUGAUGAUGCAGAUGAUUCAGAUGAAAAUAAUGAUGAUGGCCAUACAAGCAACAAAAAGCAGCGAGUUGAAAAAAAAGCAGUUGUUGCUGAAGAAGAUUCUGACGACUCUGGAGGACAGAUGGAGGAUUUUGGAGGUGGAAUUGGGAGAGUGAGAGUAUUUGAUGUAGUUGAGUUAGGGAAUCAAAAAACCAAAAUAAUUAAAGGACAGAAAAAAUUACGAGCAUUGAUAAUUACUCCCACUCGAGAACUGGCAGUUCAAAUUGAAAAACAUUUAAAGGCCGUUGCAAAGUACACAGACAUAUCCAUUUGUCUCGUGAUUGGUGGAAUGGCAGCGCCUAAACAAGAAAGAAUUUUAAGCAAAGGGCCAGACAUUGUAAUCGGAACUCCUGGUCGACUCUGGGAAAUGAUUGAAGGCGGAAAUUCGCAUCUUUCUCAAAUUAAAGAUAUUCGAUACCUUGCACUGGACGAGACCGAUAGGCUUUUGGAGAAAGGUCAUUUUGCCGAAGUCCGUACUCUGCUUGAACACAUUAACAAAGACGAAGAAAAAAAGCGAUGGAGACAAAAUUUCGUUUUCUCCGCUACACUUACUCUGGCACAUGACUUACCUAACCGAUUGGGUAAUCUCAAAUCGAAGAAGAAGAAAGAAGCUAUGAAACUUGACAAGUUGCUUAGUUUGGUUGGCGUCAGACCCAAAGCAAAAGUAGUUGAUUUAACAACUCAAGUAAGAUCGCUGAAACCCGCAUCGCUUUCGGAAAUGAAGUUGUACUCGGCCACCGUUGAAGACAAGGAUUAUUAUCUCUAUUAUUUCUUGCGACACAAUCCGGGUCGUACUUUAGUGUUUUGCAAUUCAAUCAACAACGUGCGCCGUCUCACAUCUGUAUUCACUUUGCUGGAAACUAACCCUCUUCCAUUGCACGCGCAAAUGCAUCAGAAACAAAGACUCAAACAUCUUGAGCGUUUUUCAAGUCUAGAUAACGCGUUGCUGAUAGCCACUGAUGUAGCUGCCAGAGGACUUGAUAUCCCACAUGUUCAACAUGUAGUCCACUUCCAGGUCCCUCGAACAUCUGAAAAUUAUGUCCAUCGUAGCGGUCGUACAGCUCGAGCUUCUCGUGAAGGAUUAAGUUUAAUCCUGAUUGAACCUGAAGAAGCGACAACAUAUCGUAAACUUUGCUCCACCUUGAAGAAAGACAAGAAUGAUCUACCCGACUACGACGUUGACAUGCGAAUUUUUGCCGCCAUCAAACAACGAGUAAAUUUAGCCAAGGCAAUAGAAUCAUUGGAACAUCGAACCAAACGAGAGAGGUCAGACAAGAGCUGGAUGAAGCAAAUGGCAGAAGAAGCAGAUUUAGUAAUUAGUGAAAGUGAUCAGGAUUCCGACAGUGGUAGUGCUGCUCAGAGCCAUUCUCAGCUUUUAACAGAGUUGAAGAAUAAACGCAAAGAGCUCACGAAACUUCUUGCACGACCAUUUAAACGUUCAGUCAAGUAAUACUAAUGACAGUCGUGUACCAAUGCUUUCCAAUGUUCGAAAUUGACAAAAUAAAAAACAAUAAGAAAA